UGCUGCUUCGCGCGCCCCGACAAAAGCUAAUACAACACGACCUCACGACCUCUUGGGCACUUGGCCGCAUUGCUUGACUGGGUAGCACUGACAGCGACGCCCGGGAAUCGUCAUUAUCCGUUCCGGCCGUGAGGUAAAACCUCGUGUUUCUGCUGACUUGCAGAUCAUAAAAUAAUUCAGUGCGGCACAGAUCAGCAAUACAAACUAAACCUCAGACGAAGAGAUAUUCGUUUCAUGGUGUGUACUCCGUGCUUUGAAAUCUUCUUUUCAUCGAAGGGAAGCUCUUUAUCCCCCCUUAGUCACUAUCACAUGCCCCUGUCAACGGUCGAGAUCUAUCUGAUGCGCUGUUAUAGUAGUCUUGCAACCAGUAGAUCGCAAGUCAUGCAACUUAAUUCAUAAGUUAGCUUUCUAUAUCUCGUAUUGCCGUGUUUUUCUUUGACCCGCGUAUUGCAGUGGUUUUAAUAACAAUAUACUUGUUUAUUGUAGUUGCUACAAGUGCUUGGCUAGUUGUUUUGUUUCCAAUCAUAGGUUUAAAAAAACAAGAUGGUAUGCUACAGAUCUUUUGGCGGAAAAGAUAGGAACAUUUUUUUUGUUCUACAGCUAUCGUUGUACAACAUAUUUUAAUUCACUCUGGCUAUCAAAUAGAAAAUUUCUUUUGUAGUUUUGUUUGUCUCAGAAGAUUUCAGAGUGCACACAUCACAGCAGCCGUGACUUUUAGUACUGCCUUUGAUUUAUUAUAAGUGCCACUGAUUAAGUACAAAGUUGUACUGUAAAAUACUUCCCCAUUUCACAAAGGUUGGCGUAUUUUGUUUCGUUAAGACAAAGCUUUCACCAAUUAAAACUCUAUUGAUAUGCGUUUUUUCAUACAUGAAAUUUAUAUUAAUGUAUUCGUCUUUAAAAGUUCUUACUAAUGAUCAUGACUUCGUCUCAUAUAACUUACUCCCUCCGUUCCACAACUCUUAUCAAAAUAUUACAUGUAUCUAGACGUGUUUUGGGAAUAGAUAGAUCCAUUUUUGGCAAAUUUGGGACAAAAUUUAUGAAACGGAAGGAAUACAUAUUAAUAGAGUAAUUUUUGGUCAAAAUUUUGUCUUAACAAAACAAAAUACGUCAACUUUGUGAAACGGAGGAGCAGUUUAUUUCUGCUUUCGGACAAAUCACCUUUAUUUAUAUAGCCGAAGUGAGGAACGAAAUUAUUAAUAUUAAAAUGGAGACUUGUCUGCCAAUCCAUUAAAGUCGAUAAUCACCAUCAUUGCGUGGAAGCUAACGACUGAUUGUUCUCCAUUCAAUUAAUUUUUCUUGGCUUGUGUUCCCAAACGGAAAAAAGAGGCGAGCUUGCAGAGGGGAUAAACUCCAAGGAACAUCCCUCUCAAUCCCACUGUUCUUCCAUGGAUUCUUCCAGGUGAGAAUUAAGGAAAGGAAUCGCAUCCCUCCCGCGCAUCUCGCGUGUGUGAUGCGCGUAUCCUCGACUGCGGCGCUGCGGCGAUGGAUUUUCCGUGGCUGGACCUGCCCUUCACCUUCCUGACGCUGCUCCUCGCGACCCGGCUCGCCUACGACUACUACGGCGUCGUCGCCGCGACCUUCGCCGGCAGCUUCUCCCUCCAGAUCUUCCUCUUCUACUGCUUCGCCCGCUGGUACCGCUACACCAUGGACGCGCGCGCCGAUCUGCAGGCCCCGUCGACGUCGUCGCGGCAGCAUGACGACGACGACCCGCCCGUCCUGACGCCGCUGGUGGAGACGACGGCUGCGGCAGGAGCUGGCGCGGCCGCUGCCGCGGGCGCCUUGCUUGCCAACCGGUGCCUGGCCUUCUUGUUCAUGGUGUUCGUCCCGCUGAUCAUCGUCGUCUUCGAGCGGAGCCAGGCGGACGUCGUGGCCUACGCGCUCUGCCUGGCCAACAUCGUCGUCAUGGUCGUCUGGCUCUCGCCGACCUCGGCGAGCAGCUCGAUGUCGGCCGCCAAGUCGUUCCUGAGGCUCAGCGACGACGAGGACGACGACAGCGGCAGCGGCAGCGGCGGGGCCGGCGCCGAGGACGACAAGUGCUGCGUCUGCCUCGGCAGCAUGCGGGAAGAGCAGGCGCUCCGGGACCUGCCGCGGUGCGGGCACCGGUUCCACGACAAGUGCAUCGGCAAAUGGCUCAAGGGGCACCCGACGUGCCCGGUGUGCCGGGCGUUCGCCGUGCCGCCGCCGGUCGGGUACACCGAUGACUCUGUUAGCCCUGUCUAGCUUUGUUACUGUUCUGCAUCCACAGUUUAACCAAAGAAAAUCAAACGCUUGUAAUGGUUAAUAGUUGGGGAAUUUCUUGAUGAUGUGAUUUUGUGACGAAUUGUUUGUGUCUACCGGAAAUGUUAGUUGUACCAGAAAAGUAGUAACCUGUAAAAAGGAUUGUCCUGCAAAAAGAAAAAUAUAGAAAUGGUUGCAACUUUUUCUCCCGCUGAA